CGGCGUGCAGCCCGCGCUUCUCCCCACCUGCAGCCCCUCCUCCCGCCGCUGCCGGGGGUGGGGAUAAAGAGCACGUCCUUGCCCUUCCUCGGCCUCUUCAGGUCCUGCUGUCCCCGGCCCCCACCCCGCCUUGCCUCCCCCCCCCCCCCCUUCCCUCCCCCGACUCUCCGGCCUCCCAUUCAUUCCGUGCGCUGCCUCCCUCCCCUUUCCUCUUUCCCGCCCCGGCCCUCCCCCAGAGCCUCCCCACGCGGACCCCGUUGCAGUCUCGCUAUUCUUAGCACAUUCGUGGAAGUUUAGGGCCUGGAUGGUGCCCCCAAGUCCGGCCUGAGAACGCAGCCCGAGCUGCUGGCCGGGAACAGGAAGAUGUCUGUGCUCAAGCGGAUGAUGCGGGUCUCCAAUCGCUCCCUCCUUGCCUUCAUCUUCUUCUUCUCCCUCUCCUCGUCCUGCCUCUACUUCGUCUAUGUGGCUCCAGGCAUCGCCAACACGUAUCUCUUCAUGGUACAAGCUCGAGGAAUAAUGUUGAGAGAAAAUGUGAAGACCAUAGGACAUAUGAUCAGGCUGUACACAAACAAGAACACCACACUCAACGGUACAGAUUAUCCUGAAGGCAAUAAUUCAAGUGAUUAUCUUGUUCAAACAACAACAUAUCUUCCGGAAAACUUCACAUAUUCACCAUAUCUCCCCUGCCCAGAAAAACUGCCUUAUAUGCGGGGAUUCCUCAAUGUCAAUGUAAGUGAAAUCACUUUUGAUGAAAUUCAUCAACUCUUCUCCAAGGAUUUAGAUAUUGAGCCAGGAGGUCACUGGAGGCCUAAAGACUGUAAACCCAGAUGGAAGGUGGCAGUUCUCAUUCCUUUCCGGAAUCGCCAUGAACAUCUCCCAAUUUUUUUCUUGCAUCUGAUUCCAAUGCUCCAGAAGCAGAGGCUGGAAUUUGCCUUUUAUGUCAUUGAACAGACCGGCACACAGCCUUUUAACCGUGCGAUGCUCUUCAACGUGGGCUUCAAAGAGGCCAUGAAAGACAGCGUCUGGGACUGCGUAAUCUUCCACGAUGUGGAUCAUCUACCCGAAAAUGACCGAAACUAUUACGGUUGUGGAGAAAUGCCGCGUCAUUUUGCAGCAAAGCUGGAUAAAUACAUGUAUAUUCUUCCAUAUAAAGAGUUUUUUGGUGGUGUAAGUGGACUGACAGUGGAACAAUUUAAAAAGAUCAAUGGUUUUCCUAAUGCCUUCUGGGGAUGGGGAGGAGAAGAUGAUGACCUUUGGAAUAGAGUUCACUAUGCUGGAUACAAUGUAACAAGACCAGAGGGAGACUUGGGGAAAUACAAAUCUAUUCCUCAUCACCAUCGAGGUGAAGUCCAGUUUUUAGGACGGUAUAAAUUACUGAGGUAUUCAAAAGAGCGUCAGUACAUCGAUGGGUUGAACAAUUUAAUAUAUACGCCAAAAAUACUGGUUGAUAGGUUGUAUACAAACAUAUCUGUAAACCUCAUGCCAGAGUUAGCUCCAAUUGAAGAGUAUUAAAAGAAGUAGCUGUCAUGGCAAAGCUAGACCACAAUGCUGAUCACAGACUUGGAGUGUAUUCUAAAUGGAGGUCAGUGAAUGGACGUGUCACAGUGCCCUGAUCCGUGAGAAGAGCCAGCUGUCCUUAGUGUUUACGGUGUGAGAUUAUAUGCUAUCACCCAUCCUGGACUCUGAGACACUCGCCCACGGCAAGCACUGUGGAGACUCAGUGCCGUUGCGGAAGUCUGGAAGUUAAGAGGGCCUCCCUACAAAGAGAAAGUUUUUAUACUAACAUAUAUAAUUUAAUUCAAGAGAAUGCUUUAUUUCUGUUUAAACAUGUUUUGUAUAUAUGUGAUGUAAAUUAAUGUGUUCAAAUUGUUGAAAAAGAUGUGUUGCAGUUUUGCAUGUAAUUGGUCAUGCCUUUAUUGGACUUUUCUAGACAUUUUUAUUUGCAUGGAAAAAAACAAUGCAAAUUUAUGUCACUAAACAAAGGUUAACCCUUGUGUGAAAUGAAGGAACUGUCAAUAAUUGACAGCCAACUAAUACAGUAAGUGGUUAUACUAGUUUUGAGCUUUAGACCUUCAGGCUCUUGUGUGGAAGUCACAGCUUUCUUAGGGUUCUAAAGGAUAAGAAGAAAGGAGUUGAACAGCUCUUCUUCCUACCAGGAUUACCUGUUUUUUUCCUUGGCUUGCAAUCUCAUCAGAUUUUGCUAAGUCACAGCCAUAUUGUUUAUGCACAUUGCAUGAGUAUUACCAAGAAAAUCGUAAACGUUGUGAUGUAACACGAUAUAAAGGACCUCUUUAUGUUAACUGUCUUUCAUGUAUCUUUGGUGUAAUUGUCAGGGAUUUUGUGCCUCAAAAAAUGUUCCCAAGGUUGUGUGUGUUUGUACACUGUAUUUUUUUUUUAAUUCAUAGUGAACAGCACUUUUAUUAUUUCUAGUUCAGAAGAGCCAAAAAACAAUUUUCAUUAAAAAAAAAUCAAAAUGAUUUUUUUUAAAAGAAUGAGCUAUGGAAAACCCAGUAGUACUUAUAAUAUACAAAUGAAUUAUACUAUUAGAUAAGAAAUUAAAUGUUCUAUUUUUAUGAAGAUAAAUGCUUAGUAGAUGAAAACAAACUUUAAGUUUAAUUCUGGGACUCAGAAUUUCAAGUUUUGAAGGGAACCUUUAAUGCCGGCCAGUUUUAUUAGAACUAUAUAUUUUUUUCACUUUUAAGAAAUUACAUUUCUGGUAUUCUUAAAAUUGCCUCACUGAAAGCAUAAUUUAAUAGAAUUAUUUUAAAAUACAUAAUCAGUUAUUUAAAUGCGGUGACAUUAUAGGACACUGCUCUGAGAAUAGGUCUUACUAUCUGACAUCCAGUGUAUUGCUUUAUCUUCAAGUUGGGUGAAGUUUUCAUGGCAAACCAAACCGCAUCCUUACUUUGAAAAUUAUCCACUGUAGUCAACCAAAGAGUCUACAAAAUCUUAACAUUUUCAGAAAUUUAAGACAAAAAAUUAUGCAUCUCUUAAGUGAGUCUGCAAAAACAAUGAAGAACAAAAGAAAUCUAUCUAUGAGGGAUGUUGGGAUAACAUUUGCCUCAUGGAUUGUUCCCCUAAAACAGAAACAAAGUUAUUUGUCUCAGGUUUAAGUUUAAUUGUGAAGUGUUAUUUUUUUAUGGCAAUAUUGGCAAUACAAAUGACCACAAACCAAAUCAUAAAAUAAUUGAAUUUCUUAUACUUUGAAAAAAUGGAUUGCUCUCCCUUUAUGAUACCAAACAGAAUUUUCCAUAUUUAUUUCUUAGAAUUAUUUCCAAAAUAUUUGCCUUCCUUUUUUUUUGGUGGUACUCAAAAUAACAAAAAAAUCGAACCUUCCAAAAAAUAAGAGAUUUGUUCUUAAUUUGUGUAUCUGUUCGUUUUGGUCUCAUAGCCAACGCAGUUUGUUUAAUUUGGUGAAAUGCAAGACGGUUGGGAAUGUUAACAUUUGUAAUCACUAACAAGAUAGUAGGGGCAUAGGAGCAUAAUUAAUCCAAUAAUACUUAAAUAUUUUUUUAAUACUUACAUAUUUUAAUUGUGGGGAAAAUUAGGGCUGUUUCUGAGUCUUAUACGUAAAACAUAUAUUUUGCUUUUGAAAGUGAAGCUGCCCACGUUUUGGAAUCUUCAUUUUGAUACACACUCCAGUUUCAAGAGCACUCAGUUCUACUAGUAUCUGCCUUAUUUUCUUGGAAGUCUAAUAGCAAUUUUUGUUUCAUGAAUGAGCCAUAUUACUUAGCUUUCUUCAGUUUUGAAUAUGCUGUGUCAUCCUGUGAAAAUCAUCUCAUUAAUUUCCUUUUUGUCUUUUCCGUUUCCUUUUUGUUUUGCUUUUUAAGCGCACACCAAAAAUUGAUUUUUGCCUAUAAAGAAUGACUUUUAUGUGUUUCCGUAAGAGUGAUAUAUACACUUUGCUCAGUUAUCUUUGUUUUAUGAAAAUAAACCUAUUCCAUAAAAAUUAACAAGUCCAUUGCAAAUGCAAAUUCUCUGUCGUUACGUUUGGUGGAUUUAUUAGUGAACGUGUAUUGAUCGCCUGCACUGUCAGCGUGAGGUAUGUCUACAGAAAACAUAUUUUAUUUCUGAACACAUCCAAUCAAGCAAGUUGAAACCUUUCGAAAAUUACGAAGACAUUCUCUGAUAACUUAUCGGUUGUACUUUCUUAGUUUCAAAGUCAAGAAACUUAUGUACGUAGACAUGGCACUCUUACAAGGUCCCUAUGGCACUACUGGGAAAGUUACAUAGUGCCUUUCAACUCCAGAGAGAAGUAAUGAUUAAUGGAUCUGUUGGUAGAAAAGAGAUGGAAAAGUGUACACAUGAGUAUUUUUUUAAAUCUACAUUUAAAUUUGUAUUUUGCGAAAAGGUGUUCAAUAAGAAAACUUCUUUACAGUGUUAUGCAAACACGUGAUUAUGUAUCAGAAGCUUGCUUAGAUUCCCUUUCCAACCAAAAUACUGCUACCCAUUUUAAAAUAAAAUGGAAAAAUGACCAAUACAAAAUUCUCCUUCUUUCGGAGGCUUCCUACAAGUGAAAGCAGAUUUUGUGUCAUUUUAUUUGGCCUUUCCUUGUAUCUGUUGUAUUUCUGUAUGUGCUCGUUAGACAAAUAUUAGCACUCUGGAUUUAUUGCCUUGUAUUUGCAAGUAUGCCAACUGAGAGGUCUAAAAUGGCCAGUGUGGUUUAUCUGAAAGAGGAAGUGUACUUAAGAUCAUUUUAUUUAUUAGAUCUGAAAGGCUUCUACAUAAAUGCACUGAAAUAAAUGCUAGUAAUUUCUUGUA